GAGUUAUAUGAGCCGUAUUAGUCGUCGCUUAUUCAUCGCUUGUUAUCGAUCGCCUUCUGCAUGCCGUAUCGAUCGCUUUGGCUUCUCGAGACCUGCAACAAUAAGGUGUUUAUGUUGGCACAUACGGCGGAGCACGCAUCGAGCACGCAUGGAGAACAAUGGAGGAAAGAUUAAACAAACAAAGUUACAAACCUUUUAAAAAGGCUCUUGCACUGGUAACGAGUUAGUCUCUGUCGGGUUUCCAAGCUGUAAAGACGGAUUAAUAAAUCUGAACAAAUCCAUAUUCAAUUUAUUUAAUUACUUACCUGCGAAUCUACGUACGCUCUGCAAUACGUACACUUAACUGGCGCUGCGGACAGGAUACUGCGAGGCUGCUGAAUCGAGAUUCUCCUCCAAUACCGUGACGGAAAUCAUCAGAGAGGAAGCGGCUGGUGUUUCAACCCCUUCGUCGCAGUACUUUUGGGACGUCAAGUUUGAGGCCCACCUUCGAACAGAGAUUCACCUGGAAUCAUCAAAGAAGAGAAAAAAUGAUGACGAUCCUGGGGAUGGCGAUGAUUAUGGCCAUUUCGACGAUAACCGUAAAAAGUGAUGAAAUUAAUCCUGAUGCAACACACUUUGAUUAUCAGCAAGGAGUUGGAAGAAUUAUAGAAAAUUAUCAUUACGUACAUUUCUUCAUAAACACAUCGUCGCUCAAACGCACCUAUGGCAGAAUUUUGACUGACUACACCAUAUUAUCCUCAAGAAAAGAACUCAAGAACUCAAGUCUAUUAAUGGAAGCAAGAUUAUUAUGUCAAGAAAUCUAUCAAGAUCUGCAGGAGAUAGCACCAUUCGGUGGAAGAAGAAAGAGAGGAUUAAUAAAUGGAGUAGGAAAGAUGAUCAAAUAUAUAUUUGGAAAUCCAGAUUCAGAUGACUUAGAAAAGAUUAAUAAUUAUUUGGAAAAUUUUGAGAAACAACAAAAUGAAGAUAUUUCGGUUUUGAAUAAAUCUGUAAGUUGCAUGAAUCAAAUUAGCAGAACGAUAAAUAGCAAUACUGAAAUAAUUAACAAAAACUUACGGAAUCUUAUGAAAACUCUUAACGAUCAAAAUACGCGAUUUGAAUUAAUUGAGACAGUUGUAACUCUUAUUGUGCAGGAGCAACAUUUUCUAAAUCUAUUAGGGAAAAUAAAAAGAUCAUUCGUUUUCAUCGAUGAAAAAUUUAAUUUGGAAAUAUUAACCCAUGAACAAAUACUAAGUAUAAAGACACAUCUAUUAGAACUUUAUUCCCAAAAAGAGUUAAUAUCACAUUAUCAUAAUUUGUUAGACUUUCGAUUUGCUCAGGGAUCAGUCGUAACUAUCCAUGAUUCCAUAAUUUAUACCAUAAAAAUUCCUAUCCUAAAUUCCAUUGAAUUCUCCCUUUUUCAAAGACUUGCUAUAAUUAACCGAAAUAACCAGACGGAGAUCGUAACGAUACCGUGGAAGCUGGAUGGCUCGAUAAUAAAAUUAUUUUCAAGAAGAUGUCAAUUGAUCUAUCAGAGCGACUAUGUAUGCUAUCAAAUCCUCGCAGAAGACGCAAAAACAAUAACAAUUUCAAUAAAUGCGCCUCUAGCAUUGGCGUAUCCACUCCUAAACAACUUGACGCUGAUAUCCAGUAAUUAUAAAACAGAAAUCGAAAAUAACAAGAACAAGGAAACAUUUUUUGGAACGAAGAUCUUUGGAGGAAACAAUCUGUUGAUACAGGGACAUAGGGUGGACGACAAUCUCGGAGAACUUAAGGUGUCGGAAGUUCAACCAUUGAUCAUCGAGGAUCAUCAACGGAGAUUCGAACCGCUAAAAACGCAAGCAGUACCUACGAUGGAGACACCAAAAUUCACAAAAUUCGGAAUCGAAUUCCAUACAUCAAUAGCGUCAUUUAUAAUUGUCAUGCUGAUUCUAAUAAUUGGAAUAAUUUUCAUUAUCUAUAAAUAUAAAUGUAAAACCAGGGGUUCAUGUAAAAGCAGGAGUCCAAACAGGAGCCCACAACAUACCGAGAUAACAAAUAACGAGGACGUCAUUCAACUUGGGCAUGGAGGAGUUAUAUGAGCCGUAUUAGUCGUCGCUUAUUCAUCGCUUGUUAUCGAUCGCCUUCUGCAUGCCGUAUCGAUCGCUUUGGCUUCUCGAGACCUGCAACAAUAAGGUGUUUAUGUUGGCACAUACGGCGGAGCACGCAUCGAGCACGCAUGGAGAACAAUGGAGGAAAGAUUAAACAAACAAAGUUACAAACCUUUUAAAAAGGCUCUUGCACUGGUAACGAGUUAGUCUCUGUCGGGUUUCCAAGCUGUAAAGACGGAUUAAUAAAUCUGAACAAAUCCAUA